AUGUCCACCCCUCCGAUCUUUUGUCUCCGCCUCACCUCCCUCCCAUCCACCCCCAAAAAUUUCUUCACCUCCUCUCUUCCCCGCCACCCCUCCAAAACCAAAACCAACUCCAUCCGAAAUCCCCAACGUUUCUUCUCCUCCAGGCCUCCUCUCCUUUCACCCCCCAAACAAGCCGUCCCCAUAUCCGCAACCUCCUUCUCUUCCUCGCGUUCUCGUCUACAGAACCGUUUACGAACACUACAACUCCGCUUGCCUAAAUUUCUCCAUCCAUACACAGCUCCACUACUCGAUGCGCCGAAGACGUAUAUUAUUUCGUUUUUGAUUCUGCAUGAGAUUACUGCUAUUGUACCUAUUCUGCUUCUGGCGAGCGGUUUUCAUUAUUCAGGAUGGUUGCCUUCGGAUUUGAUACCGGAGGAGAAAGUGGAGAAGGCGAAGGGAUGUUUGAGAGGUGGUUUGGCAGGAGAGGAUGGUUUGGGUAUACUGCGGGGUCUAGGGUGGAUGAGGUUGAUGAGAGGGAUGGGGAAAGAACUUAGAACUGGGUGA